AAUAUUUAUGUACCAUUUUCUCAAAAACUGUCACAAUGAUUCAGAACAUGAAUUAAAAAAAUAUAAACUUAUUUGAUCCUCUAAUAUGCCAAAUUAUAGCUUGUUCGCAUUUACUUUCUUUGUUAUAACAUUAAAUAUUUAAUUCGAGUAAUUCGGUAUGCAUGUCAUUCGAAUUAAUGUUAAAAAUGUAUCAUAUAUUAUUUUAGCUAUUCUUUCCAUAAAUAUAAGGCAAUCUCAUACAGGCCAUGGUGAAAGUAUGUUAAAUUAUGCAAUAAGCAGUAAUUCCACACCUGCACUUGGAAAUAAAAAGGAUGAAUUUUUAUUUGCAUUAUGCGAAGCUGGUACGUUAUGUUCUGAACUAAGUAUGGAAUGUCUAACAUGUAUAUUAAAUCAAAAUUGUGUUUAUGGAUCUUUGUAUACUGCUAAUUGUACAGUAAAAAGUCAAGUUGAUUGUGUGGGUAAAACAAAUUUUGUUAAAACUUAUAUAUGUCGUUAUUGCUAUCAAACUGAGAUUACCGAACAUGAUUGUCAUCAGAAGAAUUCGUGUAGUUCUGUUUCAUCUCCACAACAAUAUUAUCGUACAAAUUGUACAGUAAAUAGUAAUAUUUUGUGUUUGGGAAGAAGAAAAUUUUUAAAAAAUUUGCCUUGCAGUUGGACAGGAGGUUAUAAAUGGUCUACUGCAUUAAUUUUAAGUAUAACACUUGGAGGAUUUGGAGCCGACAGGUUUUACUUGGGUCAUUGGCAAGAAGGUAUUGGAAAACUAUUCAGUUUUGGAGGCUUGGGUGUGUGGACUUUAAUCGAUGUUAUGCUCAUAUCUAUGAGAUACUUGGGACCAGCUGAUGGUUCAUUAUAUAUUUAAUCGAUAUAUAAUAGAUACAAAGACCAAAAAUGGACAAGAA